CGGGCGGCGGGCGGCAUUCCGGCGCGGAGCGGAGUGGCUGGGCUUGGGGGCUGCAUCUGGGUACCCCCUUCGCUUCCCCCCCCCCCCCCACCUAUCAGGAGUUCGCUCUACUGACCGUAGCGCCCGGGUUCGCCCCCCACCCCAGCCAGCCUCCCCCUUCCCCCUUCCCUCGGGGCGUCCCUAGACGCGGGCGCCCCGCGCUGCAGACCCACCCCCCUCCACCUCCCCCGACCAUGGGCAGCCAGAGCUCCAAAGCGCCCCGGGGCGACGUGAGCGCCGACGAGGCGGCCCCAGCCAAGGCCAAUGGACAGGAGAACGGCCAUGUGAAGAGUAACGGCGACGUGCCCCCCAAGGCCGAGGCCGAGGCCGCCCCCCCGGCCCCAGCUGAGCCCGCUGACGCGGCCAGGGCCAGCGGCGACGCCAUCGAGCCCACGAGCCCCGCGGCGCAGAGCCCAGGGGGCGAGGCCAAGGCCGAGGGGCCCCCCAAGGAGACGCCCAAAAAGAAGAAGAAAUUCUCCUUCAAGAAGCCCUUUAAGCUGAGCGGCCUAUCCUUCAAACGGAACCGGAAGGAGGCUGGGGGCGACUCCGCAGGAUCCUCGCCCACCGAGGAGGGGGCGACCGAGGCCGAGGCACCCAGCCGCCAAGAGCCCGUGCAGGGGGCUGAGGAGGCAGCCACCGAUGCCACGACCGCCCCGACCCAGGAGGCUCAGGCCGACGACAGAAAGUUGGAGGAGCCGGCCCCCCAGGCGGCUGAGGAUGCUCCGGCCUCCGAGCAGAGCCCCACGCCAGCCCCUGAGGGCGAGCAGAAGGAGUAGCCCCCCCUCCCAUUUGGGAAGGGCAGGUGGGCAUCUCCCGAAUUCAAAGACUGUGCUCACACCCCGGCCGGGUCAGUGCCCUCCUUCCAUGCCCAGCUUAGAACAGGCAGCUGAGAGCUCCAGGCAGAGCCGUUCUCUGCCCCCCCUCCCCUGUGGACUGUCUUUCCCCAGCCAGCCCUCCGCCCUCCCGCCUGCCUGCUCUGCGGUUCCCCGUUAGGUUAGUGGAGUGAGAUGCUCAGACCAGCCCCAGCUUCAGGCCCUGCUCCUGCCCCUUUCACUGCUGAGCCCAGGUCUUCCCGGGCAGGUUUGCUUGUUGCUCCUCCGUGGAGGCUGGAUCGGGCCGCCUGGCCAUCUUCUCUGGCCUGGCCCUUUAGGGCUGGGGCUCACUAAGAGGACUCUGGCCGGACCCUGCGGGCCCCUCCGGUUUGGGAGGGAUGCUGUAACCUGGUUGGGUUUUUACAAAUGUCUUGGUCAGUUUCAAACUCCAGCUUUGUGCGCCUGCUGUGUGUUCCUUUUGAAUUUGUAGGGGAGCUGAAUGGGGUUCUGGGGGGAGGGGGAUCUGUAUAAUGUGAAGCAACUUGUUUUGUCUCAUUUUUCUUCAUUUGUAAAUAAUUUUUAAUGGCCAAAACUAAACUUGUGACUUUUUCUAACUGCUAAAACCAAUUUCCCAUCUGGGUUUUAACUGUAACAUUUGGAAAAGGAAUAAAUGUCAGGCCCUGUUGUGAUGACUUCCUGAGUCUGUGUUGGGAUGGGAUACAGAGAUACUUUUUCAGUAGCUAACAGCAUGAAGGCCUGGUGCUUGACUAACUCUUAGUGGUUCUCAAGGAUUUCCCUGGACCUGCUGUUGGCCACCUGCCCCUUACAGCCUAACCUUUGGAAGUACUCUACAAAGAAAAGUUACCAGGACUGCCCUGGGCUCAAUCCUGUCAGGGAUUAGUCUGCUGUAGGCCUUAAUUUUUUCAUCCUUAAAUUCUAGCAGUCCAUAUAAAAUACCAUGCUAGAUUCUAUUUAACAGAAAAAGAGACCUCAUCUCCACUAUCCUACUAUCUGGACAUCAGAAAUGCCAGCCAAGUCAAAGACAUAAAAAUGUACCAGUUUUAUUACAAAGGUUCUUCAAAAAAAAAAAUUCAAAAUAACUUCAAAAUAGAAACCACACCAUAGAUCCCAACCCAGACCACUUUCACACAAACCCAAUCGACAAUGGUGGGUCCCUGGCCAGGGUGAACAGGGGACUAUUUGAUGGUACCAGUGAAAGGGCAGCCAAAAGCCCUUAGCCUAGAAGUCUGCUGAGGUAUGGGAGCACAAGGUGCCCCCUGGCAAACCAAGUAGGUGAACCAGCUAGAAGGCACAUACUUGUCACAUGUCUCCGUGGGCACCAAGCAUAGCACCUUUGAGCAGUUGCUAACUAAUUUCACCUCAGGACAGGGAAAAGUAGUGGUUGGCUAAGUACCUGAACCUACUAAGGAACCACCAGAGGAAGCUAGACAGACACACAUCACCUGCCAUCCUUACAUCCUAACUUCACUGAGUUUCAAAUUAAAU